CCCUACCCAAACGUGUGUGCAUGUUUUUUCAUUUAAAAAUAUACAAGCAAUGUUGAUUUAAAUGCCAGUCACUGUACUGCCUUACACGGAGGCAGACUUGUCCAUUUUGUUAUUUGUUUAUCACCUAGUGUACUUGUAAAUUCCCACAACUAUGCUUGUUGAACUAAAUAGGACUUAGUGGUUAAAAUUUUAGUGUUAAUUAGCUAAAUAAUAGCGUAAAACAGUGAUCACGGAUCUUACUUAACCUUGAACUGGAGUUUUUUUUUUAAAUUUAAUUGUGGUUUUCCUUGUGCUUCAAGAUGAUUCCGAUAUUUUGUUUUAUGCUUUUUGUUGUACCCCACACCCUCGGCUCAGCAGUUCCAGCUAUCAACCAGCAACUUCUGGAAGAUGUCUUCGGCGCCCCGGGCACCACCUACGAAGCAGCUGCCUCCAACAUUCAGCAGGUGGCAGCUGUGAAGCCCAGCAAUGACACCCUGGUGGAUCUGGACUACUGGGACAACCCCAGCAUCGACUUGUAUACCCCUGCUGCAGCGGAUUAUGAUAAAUUUGACUGGACACUUACUAAGCGCGUGGCAACAUCAUCAGACAAAAACUUCCUCCUGUCUCCCCUGGGUUUGAAGUUGGCUUUGGCGAUCCUGACUGAGGCUGCCACCAGCCUUACGCAGUCCGAGCUGGUCUCCGCUCUAGGAUUUGACCCUGACAGAAAGGUCGUGAGGAGGAAAUUCGCCAAUAUCGUCGAGUCUCUGCAGAAAAAAUCCCCACACUACAUUCUCAACCUGGGAAGCAGAAUUUACAUCGAGAAUACAGCCAUUACAAGGCAGAAGUUUGCAGGCAUCGCUCAGGAGUUCUACAAGACUGAACUGACAAAAGUCAACUUUACGGAGCCCACGGUGGCUGCAAAAGACAUCAAUAGUUGGGUGGCUGCUAUCACUGAAGGGAGAAUCAAUAGCUUGGUUGAUCCAGAUGACGUCGCCGGCGCAGUGGUCUUGAUCCUCAACACCAUAUUCUUCAAAGGCAGUUGGCGGCACCAGUUUGCGCCAAAUGCGACUAAACCAGGCACCUUUUAUUUGACCCCUCGGGAACAAAAGCAAGUCCAGAUGAUGAACGUAAAAGACCAGUUCUACUACGCCGAGUCUGCUAAAUAUGACGCGAAGAUCUUGAGAAUGCCAUAUCUGGGUAAGAAAUUCGCUAUGUACAUCAUAGUGCCAAACUCUUUGACGGGCCUGCCUCGUGUGCUGAAUGAGCUGAACGACUUAAGACCAGAGUUGAACUAUCUUCAGGAGAGGACGGUGGAAGUAACAUUACCGAAGUUUACGUUCGAAUACACAUCUGUACUUGACGGGGUCUUGAAAGAGCUCGGAGUGAGACAAGCAUUUGAAGACACAGCUUCUUUCCCCGGAAUCUCCCGAGGGCAGCUCCUUAGCCAACGGCUGAAGAUAUCCAAGGUCCUGCAGAGAUCUGGCAUCGAGGUCAACGAACUUGGCAGUAUUGCUUACUCAGCCACAGAAAUAUCUCUAGUAAACAAAUUUGGAGAAGACGACGACGUUAACGAAGUGUUGCUGGCCAACAAACCUUUCUUGUUCUUCAUUCAAGACGAGGCCACGAGGCAGCUUCUCUUCACUGGGAGGGUAUCUGAUCCAGCAGCUGUGGUAGGAUCCUUCAGUUCCGUAACAGUGACUUGCCUGCAAUGUCUCGACUGCCUCAAAGACCCUAGACCGGAGUACUCUAGGCUGAACUUCUUCGACAUCGACCUCCUUCGGUACUCCGCCGAGGACCGUACGGGCAACAUCAUGGUGUCACCAGCCAGCAUCAAGUCCAUUCUAGCGGUAACCCUAGAAGGAGCGAGAGGAAUAACUGAAGCGGAGAUCAGGAGUGCUCUGAGACUGACACCGGAUAAAAGGGACUUCAGGGAGCAGCUCAGUUUGUACGUUAGGGCUUUGAGGGUAAAUUCCUCUGGCGUGUCAGUGGAAAAUGCGAAUGCCGUGUUCGUCUCAAAUAAGUACAACUUAAAACAGGAGUACGAGGCUAUGCUGAGGAACUUGUACUUAACUGAAAUAUCCAAAAUAAAUUUCGCAGACCCUGUUAACACAGCUGAUACUGUUAAUAAAUGGGUGAACAGCAAGACUAAGGGAUUGAUACCAGCUAUUGUAGAGCCUGCAAGCAUAAACCCGUCAGCGGAAAUCUUAUUGGCGAACGCAAUAUUCUUCAAAGGCCUCUGGCAGCACCCCUUUAACCCUACAGCGACGAAAGGCAUGUGUUUCUACGGCACCGGGGCUUGUAAGACCGUAGCCAUGAUGGACCUUAACACAGAAUUAAAUUAUGCUUAUGUGGAUAACCUUAGAGCUCAUGCCGUGGAGUUACCCUACGUGGGAGGUCGUUACUCCAUGAUCCUGUUAGUGCCUCAAGAUCGUGAUGGGUGCAUCGCUCUCCUUCGAGACUUGCCGUACAUGAGCCUGCCUGCGGUGUCCAACCUUCUAGAACCUACUGACGUACAACUGUUCAUGCCCAAAUUUACGAUAGAUUAUAUAGAAGACUUGGUACUUCCGUUGAAAAGUAUGCGAAUCCGCUCCCUCUUCUCCUCAACGUCCAACCUCACUGGCAUCUUCACCGGAGAGUCUCCUCAGAUCAACAGCAUUCUCCACAAGGUCCACAUGACCGUAGACGAGGCAGGAACUGUAGCGGCUGCAGCUUCUUCAGCUAUGAUAGUACCUCUCAUUUCUAACGGGGUUCAGCUGAGAGUGGACAGGCCUUUCGUGUUCUUCAUCAGGGAUAAUGAGCUGGGCUUGGUGCUGUUUGAAGGGAAGAUUGAUGACCCGGCACCUUAUGAAGCACCACAUGAUGCUGCUAAAAAUCCUCAUCCAAAUCAAGUGUUAAAUCAGACGCAAGCUUCCACCACAACCACUCCAAGCCCACCCAUCGUUAAAGUCAAGAAACGUUUCGGAUUUUUUUGAAUAAACUAGAAAAAACAAAACUUUGUUGGGAAUGAUACUCAUAAUAUAUUAAAGCCAAGUAAGACAGAAAAAGUUAUUGUAAA